AUGGGUAACAAUAGUAAAUACAAAAUACCCAAUCCAUAAUAAUUAUCUCUAUCAAAUAAAUAUACUAUAGAUUCGGCUUUAAUUAAUGUUGUGAAAAGUUAAAAUAUAAUAUUCAAUAAUUAAUAUUAUGCAUUUUAUAAAAAUGAUUUUUUUGAUGAUGAUUGUGAAUAAGUCCCAAUUUCAUAAAAUGAUGUUUAUGAAAUAUCAAGAUCUUGUUCUACAAAUAAAAUAGUUAUUUUUCAUAGCACUGAUGGACGUCUCGGAAUUAUGAUUUAUAAAGGGAAAAAAUACAUUAUGUCAGAAUUUCCUGAAUAUAAGUGCAUUUUAGAAAUUGAUGAUAAUAUUGGCCUUAUUAUGAAAUCCAAGUAGAUUAUAAGCUUGUCUUAAUUUACCUAUUCUGGAGAUACUGUUACUUUGAAUUCGAAAAUAUCACUCAACUCAUCUGAAUUUUAUCUUUCUGAUAUUUUGGAUUUUGGAAUUGGAAAAAAGAUAAUUUGCUUGGGAAAUAAUGGGGCUUGGGAAUUUUACGAUUUGCUUACUUUUACACAAGUGUAUUUGACAAAUGAUAGUUCGCCAAUUAAAUUUGGAAAAUACUAUGAUAUUUUAACUUAUGAAUCGAUUAUUUUUUUUGGAAAUAUUGUGUAUGAUAUAUCUUAUGAUUCAGUUUUAAAUAGAAUUCGAGUGAUCUAAAGAGCAGAUUAAAAAAAUAAAUAUUACACACUUCCUAUAAAUGACCAUAAAUUCAGAUAAUCAUUUAAAAAAGGACAAACAUUAAUAGUGGAUGAUGAAAAUCAUAAUGAUUAAUAUCUUUAUAUAAAAACUAUUGAAAACAUAAUUUGUAAUGAUAAUGAGUAUAUAAAUAGUAAUCUAAAAUGUAUUUAAUGUAAAAUUAAUGAGAUUUUUGAAGGUGAUAAAUGUGUAGCUUGUCCAGAAGGAACAUUUAAGCUAAAUAAUAGCGAUAGAAUAUGUACUGAAUGUAUGAGAGCUAUGAAAGGAUGCAUAUCUUGUACUAAUCUAACUUCUUGCACUAAAUGUGAUAAAGAUACUAGUAUAUUUAAUAACCCUAAAUGUAUUGCUUGCAAUAGUACAUGUCAUACAUGUGAAGAUGCGAUUUCCUGUAAAUCUUGUGCAGAUGGCAAAUUUUUAAAUACAAAUACUUAGUUAUGUGAAGAAUGCGAUAAUUCAUGUGCUACUUGUACUGAUAAAACUAAAUGUCUGUCCUGCUCAUCUCCUUUAUAUUUGCAAUAACUGGAAAAAAAAUGUGUCACGGAAUGCUAUCCAGGCUAUUAUCUGAAUACUUCUAAAAUCUGUUAAAAAUGUAACAGAACCUGUGCUACAUGUAAAAAUGGGGCUUCUUGUACUACUUGUCUUUCUGAUCAUUUAAAGAAUGAAUAAAAUAAAUUAUGCGAUUUGUUAUGUGAUCGGACUUGCAAAACUUGUUUAUUUUCAAAAUUUAACUGCCUUACUUGUAAUGACCCUUAUUAUUUAUAAACUAACCAUACUUGCGCAGAUUCAUGUUUGCCGAAUGAAUAUCCGGAUGAUACGAAAACAUGCUAACCGUGUAAUAUCUCAUGUUUAACAUGUAUUAAUGGAACUUCAUGUUCUACAUGUACUGAUAGUAUGUAUUUAGAUUCUGUUACUAAAUAUUGCAAGCCGUGUACUACUGUUAAUUGCAAAACUUGUGAUAAUCCUUCUUAAUAAUGUACAGAAUGUAAUUUAUUAUAUUAUCUCACUUAAGAUAAUAAAUGCGUUGAUAAUUGUUAAUUCGAUUAACAUAAUACAUAUGGAGAUGCUUAAAGGAAAUGUUAACUAUGUAAUGCGACUUGUUUUACUUGUUAAAAUGCAUUUUCGUGUGAUUAAUGUAAUAUUGGUUAUUAUAUUAACACAAUAAGUGCUUUAUGUGAAAAAUGUAAUGAUAAUUGCAAAACCUGUGAAAAUGGAAUAGUUGACAAUUAAUGCAUAUCAUGUAAUAAUCCUAUGGUUCUUUUAUAAACUAAGUAAUGUGCCGAUGUCGAUGUCGAUUUGGAUGUAGAUAUCGAUGCCGAUGCUGAUAAUGAUGCCAAUGCCAACAAAUGUAAUAGUAAAUAAUAUCUGGAUGUAAAUCAAAUUUGCUAAUAAUGCGAUUCUUCGUGUAACUCUUGUUCAAAUUCUAGUACAUGUAAUUCUUGUGUUGAAGGUAGAUAUUUGGUAAUAAGCACUUCGAAAUGUGACUUUUGUGACUUAAAUUGUAAGGCAUGUAUAGAAAAGGAUAAAUGUUAAUCUUGUGUAUAGAAUUAUUUUUUAACCUAAAAUAAAUAAUGUAAAUAAGAAUGUGAUUAAUAUACUUUUCCAGAUUCUAAUGGAAUUUGUUAAUCAUGUCCUUCUAAUUGUUUAAACUGUAAAUAAUUUAAUUAAUGUAUAGAAUGUUUUUAUGGAUUUUAUUUAUAUAAUGGACUGUGCAUUGAAGAAGUUAUUUGCUAUGGGAAUACUUAUUUGGAACAAAAUGAGUGUAAAACAGAAUGUUCUUAAAGAAAAUUUAAAAAUUUUGCGAAUAAUAGAUGCGAUCCUUGUCAUAUUACUUGCAAAAAAUGUACAGAAGCAAAUAAAUGCUUGGAGUGUGAAAAUGGACUUAUUUUGAAUGAUGAUAGUAAAUGUGAGUAAUAACUAUAAGAAACAAAUGCUACUAGUAAGUUGAUAUUUAAAAUAUAUCUCGCGACUACUAUAUAUACAUUCAUAUCAUGUAUAAUUUGUCAUUUUUUAGAUAAUAGGUCGAUAAAUUCAGGAGAAAAAGAAUGUAAACCGAAAGUAGCAAAAACUUAAAUAAUAAAUGUAGAAAAUCAGGUUGUGGUAGAAGAUAUAAUUAGUAAUGAAAAUAAAAUUUAAAACUUCCAAAAACAAAUUCAAAAAAAUAAGUAAAUAAACUAAAAUAAGAUAAUAUUAAACUUUAAAAAGAAUAAUAAUAAAAUCGAUAUAAAUUCAAGAAAAAAAAGUUAUUUUACAAAUUAAACAAAAAUUAGUCCUAUUAGUCCUGAAAUAGAUAUGAUUGUAUUUAGAAAUUUUAAAACUAAAUAAACUUAAUAAAAAACUAUGAAUAAUUAAAAUGGUUCAACUGUUAUAAAAUUUAAUGAUCCUAAUAAUUAUAGAAAUAGUAUAAAUACAAUUACCUCCUAAAUUAAUAUAAAUCCUGAUUAAUAUAAUUAUGACUAGAAAAUAUAUUUUACACUUAUUGCGAAUGAAUUUUUGGAAGUGUAUAUGUUAUAAGACAAUUCACCAAACUCUGUACUUAGGGUUCUAUUAAUGUAUUUUAAAUAAUGUUUAAUUAUGCUGAUUAGUUUUUAUUAAUUUAUAUUUGGAUAUUUUAUAAUAUGUAUUUUAAUUUUAAUGUGUGUAUUAAUUAAAGGAAUUCUGAAAAAAAUUAUUGAAAAAUUUAAUUUUUUAAAUUGUUAUAGAUAUAUAGUUUCUAAAAUAUUUUUUUUAGUCAUUUAUUCUUUAUUCUUUAUAUUUUUUAUUUUUAAAUAAUGCAGUAUAAUCACUAAUGAUAAAGAUUAUAAAUGGUCUGUUUAUUAUUUGUCAAUAUUUAUAAUUGAUUUUAUAUUUAUUUAAAAUAUUAUUUCAUUUUUAAAUUAUUGUUCGAGUGUAAGAAAAAUAAAAGGAUUUAAUGAUAAAUUAUAGUUGUUCUUAAAUUAUACUUUUGUUUAAUAAAAUAUUAUAAAUGAAAUUAAAACAAAUAAAUUAAAAUGA